AUGGAGCCAAAGUCGCAUGAGACCCCAAGCCCCUCCGCAUCGUCCGGGUUCCCUCCACUUGGACGGCGCGGAUCGAGGGGCUCCCUAGCUACGUCGCAAACAGAUCGAGAAAAUAUGAACACGGCUCUCGACCAAAUCCAUAAUGCGGCUUACCAGUCCGACUCGUUGACGCUUUUCAACGAGUUUACCAGCCCGCCUGCACCGGCAUCCGCGUCGGACGAUAAAGGUCUAUCAGAGGAGCUGCAGGGGGGUCUCAGUGGGCUGUACAGUCGCUUCAGAACAUCGGUUGGGGGAAUGAGGGACAUCGUCAGUGGUGGAUCCAAAGUCACAGACAAGAGUACUGUGGAUAGCUCUGCGGUCAAAAGCCCGACUUCCGAGCGAUCCAUGACCAAGUCUAUCUCAGACCUCACUAUCAGCUCGGCAGACCAUACACCCUCGCACCCAAACUCCUCACAAGGCUCAAGACUGCAUUCUCCAGUCGUACCAAAUUUCCAUCCCAGUCAGGAUCCUUCACAACCUUCAACCGCUGGCAAGAGCCUCAAAAUCUCUUCAAAAAACGCUGGCGUCACCUCCAAAGUUCCUCCUGCUCCGGCUGGGAAAGCAAAUCUCGUCCCACUGACAAAGUCUUCUGGCAACUCGGUUACAGCAGACCCCGCAAUCACGCAACUGAAUGUGAGCGCCGUUGGUCAACCCCACCAUUCGCGAAGCAGUUCAGUCAACGCGCCUUCUCAGGCAUUUCAAAAUUCCGAGCCUUCUAGUGUUGGAAGUAAGGAUGCCCCAACAGAUAUGAAUGCUAGCCAAACUUCUUCUGCGAUGAACUCGGGCUUCACAAAUUCACCAGUUCUGUCCACAAAAACACACGGAAGUCUACAAGAGGAGUCUGGCUCACUGGAGGCUAGUGGAUCUAUCAUAUCAACGAGCCACACAUUGGAUAGCCAGUCGCGAAAGUCGUCAAAUGCAGAUCAAUCAAGGGCUCUAGAGGACAUGUCCCAGUCCACCGCAACACGAACUUCGAAACAUUCCGAGCUUAGCCAGGACACAAAUAUCCAGUCUCAAGAAAGUGGAUCAAACUCGAGGCUAUCUGUUAGUGGACGUGAUGAGUCUACGACACCGACUUCAUUUUCAAGCAACCUUUCAAAGAUGACAUCUCAAGCUGGACGCUCCUAUACUGUUGACUCGGCGUCUGAUAACACAGCUUCAGCUCCUCAAGAUGAAGGUAACCUCGGCGGAUCGGCAAAGUCUUCUUUCCCGACAUCUCCAACAGCUCUCCCUGGGAAAUCACAUACACCCGCCGCCAAGAACCGAUUACCAGGCUACGUAAUGUCGCGAGCCUCUACAGCCGAAACCACCACCACUGUGUCUUCUUUACCGCCAUUGAACACAGCAGUUCCACGAGUCACAGUCCAAGACCCCAGUAACAACCGCCUUCCGCCUGCAGGCGAUGGAGUUCUAUCUCAACUCAGAAGUAGAUUGCUGAGUCGAGACUUUUGGAUGCGCGACGAAAAUGCGAAAGACUGCUUCCACUGUGGAGAGACGUUCACUACAUUUCGCAGAAAACAUCACUGUCGCACUUGCGGGCAAAUAUUUGAUUCCAAAUGCACCUUGCUGGUUCCUGGCACCAGGUUUGGGCAACCUGGAACAAUCCGUGUUUGCAAGCCCUGUGAAGCAAUGAUCAAUGCACACGAUGACGAUUCGUCCGAGUAUUCAGAUAGUGAACAGAGCCCCGUCAUCGUGAAUCCACGAGCCUCCGACCUUGGCUGGGGCGGCAGCAGUUCUCGGCCUGCCGGCGAGGACGACGAUGCGUCUUCCAUAGUGUCCCAGUCUAUCGACCACGUCCUUAUGACCCCAACAAUGGCUAUCCCAGCCACACGACGCGCGGGCGAAGGUCACAAUAGCCGGUCGGCAGUUCUUGAAAUUAACUCCGACCGUCCACUGACGAGACCUACCUCGUCGCGGUCAUUACGCUCCUCAUUGGGAGUUCGAGCUCAUUCAAUCAGUCACAAGCGCCAUCAUUCUCGUCAACAGUACAUCCGAAGCUUUAAGCCCUCUCAUGAUGAUCGUGCCCCCUUUCAGCGUCGUCAUCCUGAGGAUUCGACCGCCGAGUCCCGACUACCAGCCUUUCAUAAAGACAAUAUCAUUGACCCUGAUUUGGCCCAGUAUCUGUCUGACGACGCUUCCACCGGCGAUGAGCAACCUAGCCUACUCUCUGCGGUAUCCGAAGGCAACCUCUCUAAAAGCGGCGGCGAUACCGAGAGAGCAGCGGGGCUUGGUGGAUUCCUUGCCGCCAUGAAGAAGGGCCGAUCUGCAUUUGGUGAUCGGAGCGCCCCCAGCAUCAACCAAUUAGGUCGAGAUGCGGAUGAGGCCAGCAUCGCCAGCUCAAGAGCAGUCAACUUGCCGCGGCCUUCGCGUCGUCGGAAUCUCAGUGUGGCCAGCAGCAUCCACGCACGCCAUUCGCCACGGACGUCAAAAGAAAGCAUGUUCCCUCAUGAUCCAACGUUCGCAGGGGUGCCUUUUAUUGCUGGCAUCAAACAAUCUGGCUUCAAGAUGACAAGAAGUUCGUCGAUGAGAGGGAUUGGGGCACCGCCGAUUGAGCUCAACAAGGCCAGCCGGGAGCAUGUGCAAAAACUUUUGCGUCAGCUACUGGUAGAAGCCUCCGUGCCGAGCAGUGAGAACUGGGAAAAAGCCCUCAUGCCCAUCCUCUUGAAAGCAGCCGACGAAGUGGACCCAGAUGUCCAGCGCGGGGAUGACAUGGAUAUCCGGCAUUAUAUCAAAUUGAAGAAGAUCCCCGGCGGCAGGCCUGGUGAUACCUCUUACGUCUCUGGCCUUGUCUUCACCAAAAACUUAGCUCUCAAGAGCAUGCAAAGAAGUAUUCCACGUCCCAACAUCUUGAUCAUUACAUUCCCUCUUGAGUAUGCCCGUCAGCAGCAACAAUUUAUGAGUCUUGAACCUGUCAUCCGACAAGAGCGUGAAUUCCUCGAGAACCUUGUCAGCCGAAUCGCGGCUUUGCAUCCGAAUUUGCUGUUUGUCGAAACGAAUGUAUCUGGUCUAGCACUUGCUCUCCUCGAGCAAGCGGGGAUUGCCACUGCAUACAAUGUGAAGCCGUCUGUUCUUGAAGCCGUUUCAAGGUGCACUCAAACCAGAAUUGUGACUUCGAUGGACAAACUCUUGACAACAACCCUCCACAGUGACUGCAGCAGCUUCGAUGUCAAAACUUACGUGCAUGGUGGUCGGAAGAAGACUUACAUGUAUAUCUCCGGCUGCCCGAAGGAGCUUGGGUGUACCAUCGUCCUACGAGGUGGCGACGAAGAAAUUCUCGGUAAAGUGAAACAGAUCACCGAAUUCAUGGUCUACGUUGUGUACAACCUCCGACUUGAAACUUAUCUCAUGCGAGAUGAGUUUGCCAAAUUGCCAACAACAUCGGAAAAUGACACAAAUGAUCUCGUUCAUGUCGAUGUUAAGAAAGGCAAUUCCCAACUGGUUGUGCAUCAGAGCAAAACCGGUGCCACAGAGCCUGAGGUUGUCAGCGAGAAACCGGCCGAGGAUCCAGAACAUGCCGUGCCUAUAUCUACCGGAAUUAUCGAAGUACCUGAUGAUGUUCCGAUGCCAACGUAUCACGAUGACAUGGUGCAUGAUCAUCAGACAAAGAUCUUAUCCGCCUCACCUUUUGUCAAAUUCGAACCUCCUUACCUACUAAUGCGAACCCGAGAGAUGGAACGUCGAUUAGCAUAUCUCAAACGCCUUCGUGAUCAAGUCGAGUAUUCUGAGGAGACCUCGGAAGAAAAGACGAAGCCUCAAAAAUUCAUUCUCAUCACCCCUGAGAUGGUCCAUGCAUCUCCACACGAUGCCCCUCCAAAGGUCAAAGAGGUCCUUCGUGCAGCACACGACGCAGAAUAUGAUCGUGCCCUUUACCACUAUCAAACUCAGAAACGACAGUGGGAGGCCUAUGUGUCAGGCAACUCUAACAUGUUCGAUCCGUAUGCCCACCAGAACAUUGUUGUUCUUUACAGCUUGGUAUGCACCGCAACCUCAGUGCCUUGCUCUGGUCCUGAUAUCUUCGCUCUGGAGUUCUACAAUGAACAUGGCGACGACACAAUAUUCGAGCCUGACUGCACAAUUGGACAGUAUGUUGAAGACCUCUGCCAUACAGCGAACACUGUCUGCAAUGUAAACGGUUGUGAAAAGCGCAUGUCUGAGCAUCAUCGACAAUACGUCCACGGCGAUGCUCAAAUCAGUGUGCUGGUCCAGCCGUAUCCUUCAAAGCUUCGAGGGAUGCAAGAUACGGUGUUGAUGUGGAGCACUUGCAAAAUCUGCGGAAACGAAACUCAGGUCACCCUGAUGUCCGAAAACACAUGGAAGUACUCUUUUGGCAAAUACUUGGAGGUUUCAUUCUGGGGCCGGAAUAUGCAUGCCCGUGCCGGGGUAUGCCCGCAUGACCUCCAGAGAGAUCAUCUCCGCUACUUUGGUUUCAAAGAUGUUGCCAUCCGCAUUCAAUAUGACGCAAUCCAUCUUCUUGAGAUUGUUGUUCCACGCCCGCGAGUCACCUGGAAAGUGGACAACGACUUGAAAUUGAGAAACCAAAUCUACUCUGACACUGGAGAUCGGCUCAACAAAUUCAUGAGAUCGGUUCAUGUGCGGUUGAAGGGCAUCAAUGUGGAAAGCGUUCUACCAGAACUCCUGGACGAAUGUAUGAAGGAAAUUGAAUCCUUGAUCAAGAAAGCUCAAGAAGACCAUGCGGCUUUAAACAAGCGUUUACAGGACAGAUAUACGAGCUCGCGUUACUGGGAGGUCAUUCCUUUAAACGAAGUCCUUCGCGCAGUCCAGGAGAAAGUUGUGGAAUGGGAUACUAUCUUUGCGGACUUCGAGAAGAAUUUCUUCCCGUCGGAGAAGGAUAUCAAAAGACUGGCAACGUUGCAACUCAAAAAGAUCUUCUUGGACAAAGAUGCAACAUCGAUGACUACUGAGGAUGGGCUUCAUACCCCGACCAGCAUGGAGGACGAGACCACUCCCGCCAAUCAGACCCCAAGGUUGACGCGACGGAUGACUCUUUCUCCCGAAAAGGCCCAGAACGUUCUGGUCUCGGUUGUUGAGGAGCACACUGGAAAGAAGCAGCGAGAUGCACCGCCCGAGACUACUGAGCUGACUCCGUCACCUACCCCAACUGAUGAAUCGAUGCUCUCAGCUGAGGCUGUCGAUGGCAAAAUGUCCUCUCCACAAAACGAAGCCGUUUUGCAAGAAGAGGUCCGACAUCUUGAUUUGGCUGUUCCCUCAAGUCAGUCUGAACGAUCGCCACCCGACUCAAGCACUCCACUCGAUCGGCCCCUCUCUAGAUUGGAUGAUCCAGCGGCUCUUGCAGGACGCGACACUCCUCACAGUAUCAGGGAUGUCUUAACUCCAUCACCUCCUGACGCCUACGAAUCUUCCCCCGAAAGAAAGCGUAAAUCAAACGAAGAGACUCCCGCUCCCGAUAUUUCAAUUACGCCUCCAAAUCGACCAUCGGCAAUUCCAAGGCUUGCUGAGGGGCCUUUCUUUAGGCGUUCUGGCAAGACUCGUUCUCCUCCGUUAAUUCGUGCUCAGUCCCAACCUGCCCAUCUUGUUAGGGAGAAAUCUUUUGGACUGAAGCUGAGUCACGUAAAUUCAAAUGAUUCCGGAACUUCACGAGGGGAUUCGACCAAAACAUCGGAAAAGAAGUUGACUGAACGUCUUGGACUGACAACCCUAAAGAAUGGGCGUUUCGCACCUGGGCAUUCUCUGAUACCUCGUUCAACUCCGAAACGAGGCAGCUCUCGUGUGUCAAACCUUGCCAGGCACUUUGAACAAUUGAGUCGCGAGUUCGAAAAGGAACGACAACGCGAAAGACGACAGCGAGCCGCACGGGGCGGUUAUUCACGCGCGUUCCCUCUCGCGUCCUCAAAGCCGAUCGUUGAGGUUUAUCGCAAUGUGAAAGAGGCUGUUGAAGAACGGGAACCACAUGUAGAUGGAGAUUAUUCAAUACCCACUACUCUACCGCGUACUUCAGAGGAAGUGGGACGAAAAAGUGACGACUCCAUGAAUCAGAGGAGGCCUGAGGAACUUCCUGUAAAGUCUCCGACGGAUGUGAAUCACUCGGGGUCAUUCGAGCCUGAUGGCAUUGUCCGUUCUGAUUCCCAGCUCAUGUCUGAGGGCGAGACAGAUGGACACAGUGAUGAAGAACGCAAUACUGCCGAGGACCUUCAUCACGUGGACUCUCACGACGAUGCUAAAACACUACCGGAUGAUGACUCCAUCGAUUUCAAGGAUCUUCCAAAACAUGAACGAACGACUCUACUGAAGAUGCUGACCAACUUCUGGUCUGAACGGUCCGCCAGCGGAUGGACUGCCCUUGAUUAUCCUCUUAGUGCAGGGGACCACGUUUUUUCCGACUGUGAUAUCAUUGUGCGUGAAGAUGAGCCAAGCUCUCUUAUCGCAUUUGCCCUAGACUCGUCUGACUACAAGGACAAGCUGGCAACCAUUCAGGAACGAUAUGAUGAGAUGGAGGGCCAACCGCCAGAGUUUGAGCACGAUACAGUAGCCGUAAAUGAAGCUCGCCUGGAGCAUGCUCUGUUGCGACAGACCGGAACCCAUCUCAAAUAUCAGUUCCAAGAGGGCCAGGCAAAGAUGCUUUGCAAAGUAUUCUAUGCCGAGCAAUUCGAGGCGCUUCGCAAAAAGUGCGGUGUUGCUGAUCGCAUUGUGGAGUCACUGUCCCGCUGCUUAAAGUGGGACUCCAAAGGCGGCAAGACAAAGUCAAUCUUCCUCAAGACUCUCGAUGACCGGUUCGUUCUCAAGUCACUGGCACCCGUCGAGACCCAAGCCUUCCUAAAGUUCGCACCGGCGUACUUCCAAAUAAUGUCUGAAGCGUUGUUCCAUGACUUGCCUUCUGCCAUCGCCAAAAUGUUUGGUUUCUACCAAAUCAUCAUCAAGAACCCAGUUACUGGAAUCGAGCAGAACUGGUUCCUGCUCUUGAUGGAGAAUUUGUUCUACGAUCGUGCGCCUAAUCGUCUCUUCGAUCUGAAGGGAUCAAUGCGUAACCGCAAGGUAGAGAGCACCGGCGAGCAGGACGAAGUUCUGCUGGAUGAGAACAUGGUAGAUUUUAUCUACGAGACGCCAUUGUUUGCGCGAGAACAUUCAAAGAAGCUCCUCAGCCAAAGCGUGUGGAAUGACACCCUCUUCCUCGGCCGCCAGAACGUCAUGGACUACUCGUUGAUGAUAGCGAUCGACGAAAAGCGCAGCGAGUUGGUGGUCGGAAUCAUUGAUUGUAUUCGCACGUACACUUGGGACAAGAAACUUGAGUCUUGGAUCAAGGACCGAGGCUUUGCUGGUGGGGGUCGCAAUCGUCCCACAGUGACGAGUCCGAGGGAGUACAAGAGUCGCUUCCGUGAGGCGAUGGCAAGAUAUGUUCUGCAAGCCCCAAGUUGCUGGCACCAAUUCCAACCAAGUGCCAUGUACCGGUUUCCACACGGCGAACACCAAAUUGCCAAUGCAACGGAUCUGGACGCCAUCGAUGGACCCGAAGCUAGUGCUUUCCAAUGA